UUAUAAUCGCAAGUCUUACGUGAGUGGAAUCGGGUUUUUGUGAUUUAAUAUAAAAUAUAAAUAGCCAAAUAGUUUAAUUACAAGUAUAUCGCAUUUUACACUUUAUUACAGAAAUGGCUGCACAACUUUUCAACCGCAUUGGGCAAGUGGGACUGGGGAUGGCCCUGGUUGGAGGAGUCGUGAAUUCAGCUUUAUAUAAUGUGGAUGGUGGCCAUCGAGCUGUUAUCUUCGAUAGAUUUGCUGGAGUCAAAAACUUGGUUGUGGGUGAAGGCACCCACUUUUUCAUACCCUGGGUGCAAAAACCUAUCCUUUUUGAUAUCAGAUCAAGACCUAGAAAUGUACCUACAGUGACUGGAAGUAAAGAUCUUCAAAAUGUAAAUAUCACACUCCGUAUCUUGUUCAGACCAGUGCCUGAUCAGUUACCUAGAAUUUACACAAUCCUUGGAGUGGACUAUGAUGAAAGAGUAUUGCCGUCCAUUACUGCUGAAGUCUUAAAAGCAGUUGUUGCACAAUUUGAUGCUGGAGAAUUAAUUACACAAAGAGAGAUAGUGUCACAAAAAGUAAGUGAGAGCUUAACAGAAAGAGCAGGGCAGUUUGGCUUAAUUCUAGAUGAUAUCUCAAUUACACACUUAACCUUUGGCAAGGAAUUCACACAAGCCGUAGAAUUAAAGCAAGUUGCUCAACAAGAAGCAGAAAAAGCUAGGUUCCUAGUAGAAAAAGCAGAGCAACAGAAGAAGGCAGCCAUUAUUACAGCGGAGGGUGAUGCUCAAGCAGCAGUUCUACUUGCCAAAUCAUUUGGUACAGCUGGUGAAGGUCUUGUUGAACUUCGACGUAUUGAAGCAGCAGAAGACAUUGCCUACCAACUCUCCAAAUCAAGAAAUGUUACUUACCUUCCUCAAGGCCAAAAUGUAUUGCUAAACCUUCCAACACAAAACUAAUGAAUUAACAACUUAAAAUUGCUGGUAGAUGUUUAAGGUUCAUGUAUGCAUUUGCAUUAUCAAAAUAAGAAGACAGAAUGUUGCAUUUUGAAGAGUUCAUAUUGUUCCAACGGGAGUGUAGUCAUGUGUUAGCUUUAUAAAUGUAAUUAUGCAUUAAAUAAACUAUAAUUUGUUGAA